AUUGAGUGAAAAUUUUCCGUGCGAGUCCGUGCAGCCCGGGUUUGUCCGUUUUGUACCGCAUUUAGGAGGCCAGCAGUUCUACAUUUGGUGUACAAAAUGUCGACCUAUUUGGCUCUACGAGCAUUACUUAACCCAAUCGCUAGGAAAACUAUCGUACAGCUGCUGUCGUCCGGCAGUGGGCUGAACGUUGUGCGAACAAUAUCUCCAGCCAUCCGUUCCGUCCCGGUGCGAUUCUAUGCCGACAAGGAAGUCUUCAAGCGCGAUAAACCCCACUGCAACGUUGGUACGAUCGGUCACGUUGAUCAUGGCAAAACAACACUCACUGCAGCAAUCACAAAGGUACUGGCUGACAAGGACUUGGCGGAAAGCAAGAAAUACACCGACAUCGAUAACGCGCCGGAGGAAAAAGCACGAGGUAUUACGAUAAACGUUGCACACAUCGAAUACCAAACGGAGAACCGACACUACGGACACACCGACUGUCCCGGUCAUGCGGAUUACAUCAAAAACAUGAUCACUGGUACGGCCCAGAUGGAUGGUGCGAUUCUCGUGGUGGCCGCAACCGACGGUGCCAUGCCACAGACGCGUGAGCAUUUGCUGUUGGCCAAACAGAUCGGUGUGAAUCACAUCGUUGUAUUCAUCAACAAGGUUGAUGCCGCCGAUCAGGAAAUGGUCGAUCUGGUGGAAAUGGAAAUCCGCGAGCUAAUGUCCGAGAUGGGUUUCGAUGGUGAUAACGUCCCGGUUAUCAAGGGAUCGGCCUUGUGUGCCCUGGAGGGCCGCGAAGAAGAAAUCGGUGCCAAUGCCGUAAUGAAACUGCUCGAGGAAGUCGACAAAUACGUUCCGACGCCGGUGCGUGAACUGGACAAACCAUUCCUGCUGCCGGUCGAAUCCGUGCACAGUAUUCCUGGUCGUGGUACCGUCGUAACUGGUCGCCUGGAACGCGGUAUGUUGAAGAAGGGUCAGGAGUGUGAAUUUGUCGGUUACAAUAAGGUCAUUAAGUCCACCAUCACCGGUAUUGAAAUGUUCCACAAAAUUCUGGAAGAGGCACAUGCCGGAGAUCAGCUUGGCGCGCUGGUGCGCGGUAUAAAGCGGGACGACAUUAAGCGCGGAAUGGUGAUGUGCAAACCGGGCACUAUGAAGGCGAACGACAACUUCGAGGCACAGGUGUACAUUCUAAGCAAGGACGAGGGCGGUCGACACAAGCCAUUCACCAGCUUCAUCCAGCUGCAGAUGUUCUCGCGCACGUGGGAUUGCGCGACGCAAGUACAGAUUCCUGGCAAGGAUAUGGUGAUGCCGGGCGAGGACGCCACGCUACAGCUGCGUCUUAUGAGACCGAUGGUGCUUGAACAGGGACAACGGUUCACGCUGCGCGAUGGACACAUUACGCUGGGAACCGGUGUGGUAACGAAACUGCUUUCACCCCUUUCUGAAAAGGAGCGACUUGCCUUGACUGAGGGUAAGAAGGCCCGUGAAAAGGCUGCCAGCGGUAAGGCGUAAAGUAGCGGGAUGUGUGUGUUUAAGCUAAGGAACAAACAUGGAAUGUAAGCUAGUUGUUUAGAUGAAAAUACCAUUGCAUUAACCUUAAAGCGGGGUAAA